GGAGGACGGUGCUUCGGGCCUGAAGCACGAGGUGUGUGGAGGCGAGCGGCACGGAGCAGCGACGAGCGGAAAGGGGUGAUGCUUCCGGGGCCGGGUGCACGGCGCUGCCGGGGUCUGCGGGCCGCGGGGAAGGGAACUCGGGGAAGCGAGAGGAGGGAGGCGCCGCGCGGGGACUGGGCGAGGCUGCUCGCAGCGCCGCUGCCCCUAGAGGAAACGAGCUGCAGCGCUCUGAAAUCCCAGCUUUGGGCGGGUUUUUCAAACCGGCGGCCGUUGUCGCUGGCCGGGGAUCGGCCAUGUUCCUUUCCCCUCCCCUGGCAUAGUCAGCCCGGGCCCUCAGCCCUCUCCUCGCGUCCGCCCCGAAGAGACGCGGCCGCUUGCCCAGGCCGCCCCCGUGACAGCUCGCGGGGUCGCUCGCUUUGCCUCCGGCAGCGGGAUCGUGGUCGCCGCUGGCACGUCCGAGGGGGUGACCUGCAGCGCCUCUGAGCCACGGUGGCCGCAGCCGGCCGCAGCGGGGGGGCCGUGCCUGCCUCCCCUGGGGCCAGUGGCUCGCCCGGCCCCGGGCCCGUGUGUAGCGUGCCCUAGCCCGGCCUUUCACUUCUGAUCGUCUCCCUGAUCUUCCCCAACCCGCCCGGCCUCCCACGCUCUCUGUCUCCGCUCCCGCCAUGAGCCGGGAAGGCUCCCAAGAAAUACUUCACUUCCUGAUGCCUUUUGUAAUUGAAGUGGAGAAUGUUUAGUCCUGUGACUGCUGGAACGCUGUCAUUGCUCAUCAUGUUGAGUAAUCCAGAAUCGCUGCAGGCAUACAGGAAGCCUUCAUGUAAAACUCAAGGCACCCCUUAUUAGGCUGAAGACACCCUUCAGAAACUAAGACGAAUCUGCGAGAAUGGUCCGCUUGAAAUUCUGACUCUUGUCUGACUCAGGGGGAGAAGACAGCCAAAGGCAGAAACGGUAUACUUUAAAGCAAUUUGUAUACCAGUGAAAAAACUGAACUGUGAUAGGUGCUAACAGACUUUCAGUUGUCAUCUUCGUAAACCAGGUUAGUCCUCUCAUGGGAAGCAGUGAAUAAGCUCUCUCUACUAGGCCGUGAGGAGUCAUAUGUCCCAUUUCCCCUUGUGGCCCUGCUUCCCCGUGCCUUCUAGGAUAUGCCUUGGUAUCUUUUGAGAAGUUAGCCCCAAGGUACUCAGAAGUCUCAGGUUGUCAUUCCUCUAGAUACUAGUCAGGCUAGAAGACCACUCCAACGGUUCUGAAGAUCUUCCAUGCCAUGCAAAGAUACAGCAUGGAUGCCUCCCACCUAGAGCUCCUCCAGGCACUGAAUGCUCAACGCCGUCAGGUCCUUAUAAUGUACUUGGACUCACGGCGACGAGUCCGUAAUCUCCUCAUGACUCUCACCAGCCUGAUCACCCAACUGUGUGACUUGCUUUUCCAAAGCCAUGUUAGCGAGGCUGCAAUGUCAGAAGCUCUCACAAGGAGAACAUUCGAACUGUAUGGCAUGCUCUCAGCAGGUGACUGCGACUUGCCAGAAGAAGAUGAUAUUGAGGACACGAACAAGGAUGGCCUGCUUUGGGAACGUCUUCAGACUGUUGACCGUCGGUUCUGGGUACAGGAGAAAAGUGUAGACUGGUGGGAGAGGAUAGUGCUGCAGACAUGGGGUGAUCAACAGUGGCGUGAAAACUUUAGGAUGACAAAGGCCACAUUCCUAGAGAUCUGUGCAGAGCUGACUCCAGAGCUGAGGAGGCAAACGACCAACAUGCGAGUCCCUUUGAGUGUUGAAAAGCGGGUGGCAAUUGCCAUUUGGAAACUCGCAACCCCCAACUGCCAAAGGUCUGUGGCCAACCAGUUUGGCGUGGGCAAAUCCACUGCUGGAUCAGCUAUUCGUGAGGUGUGCACAGCCAUCAGGAAGGUGCUUGCCCCACGUUUCCUCGGGCUUUUCAAUCCCCAGGAAGUCAUCAAUGGAUUUGCCCACAUGGGGUUCCCGAAUUGCAUUGGUGUGAUCAACAGCAUACACAUCCCCAUCCUUUGCCCUCCCCACCGUAGCUCAGAGUAUAUGAACAGAAAGGGCUUCUUUUCUAUUGGGCUGCAGGGCCUUGUGGAUCACUGUGGGAGAUUCACACAUAUCACUGCUGGAUGGUCUGGCAAAAUGCAUGACGCUAGGGUCUUCCGUAAUUCCAGCCUUGUCCCCCUGAUGAGGAGGGGAGAUUUUGCCGGGGAUGCUUCCAGCAUUGAAAUCAAUGGAGUGACAAUCCCCCCACUGAUUAUUGGUAACCCAGCUUACCCCCUCCUACCAUGGCUCAUGAAGCCAUUCAUAGGGUACCUGGACCCCCGGAAAGAACUUUUCAAUCAUCGGCUAAGCAACUGCUGGCUGAUGGUAGAACAUGCAUUUGGACGCCUCAGGGCCAGGUGGAGAGCCCUCAAUGUCCGCUUGGAUGCGUCCGAACGUUACCUUUCCAGCAUGGUGGUGGCCUGCUGCAUCCUACACAACAUCUGUGAGACAAGGGGUGAGACUCUAGGGGUUGGGUGGGUGAUGGAGGCUGAAAGACUUUCUCAGCGUUAUGAGCAGCCAGAGCCAGUACUUCUUGAAAACUACAGCCAGCAGGGGACUCUUGUCAGGGAGGCAUUGGCAGACUACUUUGAGCAGGAAGAAGGGGCUCAGGAAUGAGGUAGGGCCAUUGCUGUUCUAAUGCAUGUUGUAAGAGGGUAUGUUCAUUAAAACCUGCUGAAUAGAAAUGGUUGGUUUUAUUUAAUAAUUAAGCCCGUAAUAAACCAUUUAAAAUAAUGGGAAAUAAUUAGGGGAAAAGGAAACUAUAUACAUAGGAAGCCACAUAGAAUCAGUGGCGUAGCUGCCACUCACCACAGGUCAUUUGCACGAGAACUCUGCAGCAGCAGGCCACAACGGGGUUUGAAAGAAUCAAAUAUGAUCUUCCAAAGGCUGCUGUCACCCCCACCACUAUGGGAGGUGGCAUGUGUGGGACAAGGUUGUUGAGGGUGCAUAGGGAAUCUUGAGGGAAUUCCAGCAGCCAAGGAGAGGACAAAGCGCUGCCUUUCUGGACUCUGGCAGAUGAAGAGCCUGGGAAAUGUAGACUUGCACCUUCCUCUCCCCCAGAUUCUUCCAGAGAAGUUCAGUGUCCCCUUUUGCCAGAGCAAUAGCACCCCUCUCCUCCAGGAAUCCUUUAUGACCAAAGGCUACCAGCUCUUCCAGCCUGGAGGAUGGCCAUGCAAUAGUGCUCCAUCUUGGAGGGUCACUCCUCCCCCACACUGGCCCUCCUCUCAGGGGAUCCUUCUCUUUCCCCUCCACCCUAAGCCUUGCUUCAAACUAAGACUCUUUAGUAACCUUAGCUGCCAGACCUAAAGGGACAUAAUCUGGCAGCUUGAGGCCCUGUUCUAGUCAUGGCCAAAGUGAAAGGUGGCUGCUGAGGCAGGGGGAAAAAGAAAAAGGCAUAUUCCAGGGUGGUACUACCAAGGCAGUGUUCCUGACCUGUCAUUGCUGAGAUCCCUACUUUGAGACCUGUCUAUUCCAUGCAUCUUGGGCUGCUCAGAUCAGCUCCUGACUGACGAUGUUCUUUCCUCCCCACCUUUCUUGAAAUGAAAAUCAUGGAGCCCCAUAUUCACCCAAGGCACUUCGCCCUGCUUAACUCAGUGCUUCAUGCCUGGGAGUCCUCUAUGCAGCUCUCAUGGCUUUGGCAUGCAAUGGCCCAGAACAGCUCUUUUCCCCCCAAAGCAAGUGUACCUCAAAGGCUAACAUCUAGCCUACUCAAUGCAAGGUACUCCUCUAGGACAUAAAGUGGCAGAGGAGAAGAGUAGCUCCCCUUCUCCAUCUCAGUGGAUGGAAAGGGGGAACGCCCCCCCCAGCCUUGCUUCAAGAGUUGGGCUUGCUGAUGGGAGAAUCCUUUCACAAGCCUAUGGUGGUGCUUGCAAUACAACCCUGGCUGGAUGUUGCCAUAGAAAGAAGCUUUAGCCAUGGAGGGGACUCCUGGGAAGGUGGCAGCCUGCUGGGUAUAUUAGGCAAAAUAAGGCUUCUCCUAGGAGGACUUGUCAUUUCAGAAGGUGAUUUAGCCAAGCCACGAGAGAUGUUUCUGCUUCUGCUUAUUCAUUCCUGCACCCUUGCUCCAAAUCCUUGCCCAGUACUUUUUCUUCUGGAGCACUGUAAUUCAUGAGUUCAGAUCCACUGGUGUGCUGGCUCAGGUUUUGCUUAGUUGCACAGAGACUUGUUUCUUUGUGGCCUGUUUAUAUUACCUGUUUUUGAGCUCUCCCUUGGCACUUAGCUGACUUGUAACUUUGGUUUCACCAUUUACCUUGGUCCAUAUGUUUGACUUCUCCUUGUUAAAUACUUUAUGUAUUGGUUCUAAUUUCAGUUUGUACAUAGUUUAUUUAUUGUUACUUUCUGUGCCUUGUAUAUACUUUAUUUAUUAUUUGAUUUUUGCCCUUUAUAUAGUUUAUGUCUUGGUACAUUUGCACUCUGGGUCAGAAGUUUUCUCAUCAUUUUUCAGGCCUGGAGUUUUGUGCGUGCAUGCAUGUGCAUGUGUGUGCAUGCAUCUUCAUUUACACUCUCAGCCUUUCAUUUCCAUGUGCCCCUUUCUAUUCUCCCAGCUCCAUGUUUCCCUCAUUGUUUGUUUAAAUCAUGUUAAAUGUUCGAUAAAGUUCACACAC